AUGUUGUCAUUUAUUCGUUUUCGAUGUUAUCCUAUUAUAAGUUUACCAGCAGUUCGUUAUGGUUCAUCAUCAAAAAAGAAAAUUCUUCCUUCAUCAACACCAGCACUUCGUCAUAAUUGGCUUGAUCUAUCAUCAGAAAUUUGUCCAACUGAUACAUCCAAUUUAUCAUUAACUCCAGAUACUUCAUUUAAUACACGUUUAAUUAAAUAUUUAUCAGAUUCAAUAAAAACUAAUCUAACCGAUAAUGUUCAACAACAUCUAUUAACUACCUUUCAGACAUGGUCACCACGAGAAUUUUAUGAUUUAAUAUCUAUUUUUGGUUCCUAUGGUUUACAACCAGUUGAUGUUCUUCGUUUAUUAAUUAAUCUUCC